AUGAUAUUUGAUCAAAAGGCUAAUAUAGAUACCGGUGGUGGACCGUUAUCAUUACCACAUUAUGAAAGUAAGGUCGUUGCUCCAAGAAAUCCAACAUUAAAUCGUGGUCCAAAAAUUGAACCAAAAUUUACACCAUCAACAUUUUUAAAAGAAAUGUCGUUAGACACUCAACAGAAACUGCUUAAUACAAGAGAAAUGCAUAUUCCAUACAUCAUUGCACUAUCAGACAUGGCUGAAACAUCAUUACAAACAGCAACAAAAGUUGAUAUUGAUGAACCUCUAUUUCAACCAUAUCCAUCAGAUAUUACUUUUCAAAAAUUUGAACCAUUCAAUACCUAUGAAGUACCUUUGUUACUUCGAAAUAACGAUAAAGUAGCAAGAGCCGUUAAAGUAACACAAGUCGAUACACCUUAUUUUACUAUUGUUCCUCCACCAAAUGCAUUUCAAAAAGUUGCACCUGGUGUUGCCCUUGUAUUUCGUAUUCAGUUUAAACCUGAAGAACAACGUGAUUAUACACAUGAACUUCUAAUAGCAACUGAACGUGAAAAAUUUCUUAUACCUAUUCGAGCUAUUGGUGCUCGAGCUAUUUUAGAUUUUCCUGAUGAUAUAACAUUUCCAACAACAGCUGUUAAAAGUACAAAUACAAGUAAAGUUUUAUUUGUUCGAAAUAUUGGCAAUCGUGAGGCACGUUUUGUUUUACAAAUUAAUAAACCAUUUAUUGUUUCACCUGAAAAUGGUCUUUUACCAGUUGGUGAAAGUAUGCAAGUUACUGUCGAUUUUCAUCCAACUGAAAAUGGUGAAAUGAAAGAUGAACUUGUUAUAUCAUAUGAUACAGGAGAAAAAAUAUAUGUUAAUGUCUAUGGUGUCGCUCAAGAUAUAAAUGUUCGAUUAGAAAAAAAAUCGAUUCAUUUUGAAAACACAUAUUUAGAUAUGAUUAAUCAACGUACAGUUACAUUAUCGAAUCGUAGUAAUCAAUUAGUUCAUUUUCAAUGGAAACAAUUUUCAACGGAACGUGAAGAAGAACAACAAAAAUUAAGACAACUUCAUGCAUUAUCAGAAGAAGAAAUUGAUGCAUUACAAAAAUUAAAUGUAAAUACGAAUGAAUCUCCAUCAGCUGGUCCAUUUGAUUUUGGUGUAUUAAUUCAACGUACAUUUAUCAAUCAUCGUCGUCAAUUAUCAGCUGAAUCUUAUUUAUUUACACAUACAAAUUAUCGUAUUGAUCCAAUUGAAGGUGAUAUAUGGCCUGGUGGUACAUUAGAUAUUCAAGUCUUAUUUAAACCAACUGAAGCACGUAAAUAUGAUCAAACAGCAUGGCUUGAUGUUGUUGGUCGUGAACAACGUUUACCAUUAAUCUUAACAGGUGAAGGUGAAGGUGCGAAAUUAGAAUCAUCAUUUCAAACAUUAGAUAUCGGUUGUGUUUAUGUUGGUUCAACACAUCUCUAUGAAGUUGUUCUUGCUAAUAAAGGUUUUAUUGAAGCACGUUUUACAAUACCAAAAAUUAAAUCAUCAUUUGGUUCAUGUUUUGUUUUUGAUCCAUCAUCAGGAGUAGUACCUGUUGAUAAUUAUCAAGCUAUACAAAUAACAUUUCAUAGUGAUCAACUUGGACAAUUUAAUGAAAUAUUUAAUGUUACAAUUGAAGGUAAUCCAAAUGUUUUACCAAUCACAAUAUCUGGACAAGUUAUUGGACCAACAUUUUAUUUUGAUGAAGCACAAUUAAAAUAUGGUUUAGUAUCAUAUGGAUUUCAAACAACAUUACCAUGUCAUUUAUAUAAUACAUCACUUGUACCAAUGCCAUUUCAUUUACAUAUUAAUCAAGAUAAACAUAAGAAAAGUACACGUAUACCAUUAAAUGAUGAUGAUGAAGAUGAAGAUAAAACAGCAAAUAGUGAAUUUCUGAUACGACCAUCACAUGGAACAAUACCACCACAAAGUGAUUUAAAUGUUUUUGUUGAUUUUGUACCGAAAGCUAUUCAAAAAUAUGAUACAUUUUUACAAGUUGAUAUUGAUGGUGUAGGAAAAAAUAUUUUCUCAUUACCAAUCACAGCUAAGAGUACUGUUCCUCGUGUAACUCUUCUCAAUGAUGCAAUUGAUUUAGGUCGAACAUUUUUAAAUUUUCCAAAUGAACGUUUUGUUCGUUUACAAAACUCUACGAGUCUUCCAAUGCGUUAUCAAUUUUUAUAUCCACGUUCUGGUAAUCUUGAGUUUCAUUCCGAUGAACGUGAAGGUGUUGUUGAAGCUAAUACAACACGAGAUGUUCCAUUAGCAAUCAUUCUUAAACAACUUGGUGAUAUAACAGAAAAACUUGAAAUACAUAGAAUUGGUGCACGUGAUCCGCCAUUAGAAUUACAAAUAACAGCAACUGGUACAGGACCUGUCUUAUUUAUUGAACCAAGUGACUUACGUUUUGGUACAAUAAGUGUACUUGAUGAUCAUGUACAAAUACUUUCUUUAUCAAAUGAAUCACCUAUUCCAGCUGUAUUUCAUUGUGAAUCUGAAAAGAAAAAUUCUUGUUUUUCAUGUGAACCAAAUUCUGGUAUUGUUGAACCUCAUACAGCAAUAGAAAUUCGUGUUAUUGCAAAACUUAAUGAUCGUUUAAAAUUUAAUGAAGAUUUAAUUAUUUAUGUUGAACAUAGCACACCAUGUACAAUACCAAUAACAGCACAAGGUACAGGUGCAUUAAUUGUACCUGAUGUACCUAUAUUCCCAUGUCUUAAUUUGGGUUCACGUUUUGUUGGUACAUCAAUUGUUCAACGAAUUCAUUUUACUAAUAAAGGACGUCGUCAAUUGGCUGUUCAUUUUAUUUCAGCAAGUGAUACAAAAGCUGCCUAUGGUAUACAGAAAAAAUCGAAAAAUAAUAAUGCUAAAGAAAAUGAAAAUGAUCCAUUAUCUGAUUUAAUAUUUCGUCUUGAACCUGAACGAUUAGAAUUUGCACCAGGUGAAACACGUUUAUUAACAUUAACUGGUUUUGCUUCGCAACCAAAAAUAGUCGAUGAAGCAUUUACAUGUUUAGCUAUAAUUGGUCGUUCAACUGGUCGUGAUAAAUUACUUUCAUUAAAAAUUCAUUGUGAUUUUAUUGAACCAUUGAUGUCAUUUUCUACAACAGAUCUUUAUUUUCGUGUUGAAUAUAAUGAACCAAUAAUAACCGAUAAUUUACGUUUACCAAUAUCAUCCGAAUUAACAUUCUCAAAUAUAUCUGCUAUUGAUUUAACAGCACAUCUUCGUGUAAAACAUCCAUUUCUAUUAAAAAAUGAUUCCGAAGAUGAAUUUCAUUCAACAAGUCGUAUAGAUAGUACAGAUGAAAAUCUACUUGAUAUACCAGCGAAUUUUACAUUAACAAAAACAAUAAAAAUUUUAACCGGAAUGAGUUAUUCAGAACAAGUUUAUUUUGAUCCAAGUGCUAAUACAAAAGAAUUAUCAUGGAAAUGUGAUGAACAAUUAAUUUUUACAUAUGAAGAACAUGCUUUUAAUGAUAUUAUUAAUUUACAUGGACAAGUACAUUAUCCAAAUUUAUUAAUUGAAAAUACAAAUCUCGAUUUUGGUUGUAUACUCAAUGGAUCAGAAGUAACACGAUAUUUAACGAUUGUUAAUGUAAGUCCAUUACCUGUUAAAUAUCUUUGGGCAUUUAUACUUGAUGAAAAUGAACAAAAUUUUACAUUUGAACCACAACCAUUAUCAACAGUUUCAGCAACACAAUCAGAUCAAACACAAAUUCAAAGUGGACCAUGGUCGGAUGAUAGUACUGAUCAACCGAGAUUAUUCAAUACAACAACUAUUAUACCUAAACAUGAAGAAGUAUUUGAUAUAUCACCAUUUUUUGGUAGUCUUCAAGCAGGAGAAACUGAAAAAACUGCUAUUCGUUUUUAUGGUCAUUCAGGUAUAAAAGCUAAUGUUAAAGCUAUAUGUCAAGUUGAAAAUGGUCCUGUUUAUGAAUUAACACUUCAUGGUCAAGCAUCACAUAUGGCAUAUCGUUUAAAUACACAUGAACUUGAUUUUGGUGAUGUACAUUUUGAUAAAUCAGCAACACGUACAUUAACAUUAACAAAUGCUGGUAUUGUUCCAUUAGAUUUUCAAUUUUUAAAUUUAAAUAAUUUAAAUACAAAUGAACAAUAUGCACAUAUAACAAUAACACCUGAAUCAGGUCUAUGUCCAGCAUUAACAUCAACAGUCAUAACAAUAAAAUUUCUUCCAAAUAUUCCGGAACAUUUUGAGAAAAUAAUUUUUCUUCAAGUUGCACAUUUUCAACCUGAUAAAAUACAAUUAAUUGGUACAGGCAUGUUUUCAAGAUUAGAUAUUAAUUUACCACGUCAUAUUGAUGAUAAUUCAAUAGAAGAAAAACUUUUACACAAUAUUAAACAUGAAGCAAGUGAAAAUAAUUCACAACACGAUCAACAACAACUUGAUACACUUGUUGUACGAAAUUUUGUUGAAAAAUCGAAUGAAAUGAAUACAAAUUUAGGUGAAUCUGUUGAUCAAACGAAUCAAGCACAACAACAUCAAUCAGUACGUUCAAGUAAUUUGUCAUUAUCAACAUCAACAACAAGUUUAACAAAACGAACAUUUAGUAGUAAAUUAAUGCCUGUAUUACCGGAUUAUAUUGUUGAUUUUGAAUAUAUUAUUUUGGGAACUGUGCGACAACAAAAUGUUCAAAUAAAAAAUCCAACAAAUAAUAAUAUUACAUUUCAGUUUGAACGUAUAGCAUAUAAAAAUACAGGAUUUUCAUUUGAUUGUGAUCGUAUUAAGAAUUUACCACCAGGAGAAUCAAUUACAAUAACAAUUACAUUUGAUCCACGUGGAGCUAAUCUUGGACUUGGUCCAGUUGAAUGCCGAGUACCAGUUGAAGUUACAUCUGGUCCAUCAUUUCAUUUACGUCUUAAAGCUAAUGUAACAAUGCCAGAUUUAAACGCAUCAAAUGAUACACUUGAUUUUAAUACUGUUAAAUGUGGUGAAUGUAAAAUAGCAACAAUACAAUUACGAAAUCCAAAAGAAAUUGCAUGCGAAUGGGUUGCUGCUUAUCCAGGAGAAGAUUCAACUGGUAAACCAAUAAGUCGUUUUCCUCGUCGUGGAAAUACAAGCGCGAGACGAAAACCAUCAACACGUAUUUUUGAAGUUUUACCACCAUCGGGAAUUAUUUUAGCUGGUCAAAAAGUGAAUGUUCAAAUUAAAUUUACACCUGCUGAAGAAACAACAUAUGAAUCACGUGUUUUAUUACGUAUUAAUCAAAGUAGUCAACGUUUAAUGAUUAUAUGUCGUGGUAUUGGUCUUGAACCUCAAAUUAUUGUUGGACAAAUGCAUGGAACUACAUUUGAACCAACAACAUCAAUUGUAUUUAAUCCGAUUUUAACACAUAGUCAUGGUGAUGAACAAGAAAUCGUCAUACGUAAUCCAUGUACAUUUCCAGUUGAAAUCUAUAAUCUUGAAUUUGAUAAACAAUAUCUUGAUGAAGAAAAAGUUCUUCGACUUUUACCAGGUUAUGAUGAAAAUAAUAAUAUUCUUUUACCAACACGACCUGCUGGAGAAAAAUUACCAGGUGAAAUACAAAAAUUUUAUGAAGAUGUAGUUAAACGAGCUGAUGAAGAAAAAUUAGAAGAAUCAACUAAGAGAACUGAGGAAGCAUCACUUGCAGCUGAUGGAAUUGAUUCACAUAUUGGUGAAACGAGUAAUGUAUCACAUCAACCAACAUCUAAUGUUGAACGUAGUGGUGAUAGAUUAGUUUUUAAUUCAAAUUUUGAACAUACAGAAUCACUUCUUGAUAAAAGUGAAUCCACAUUAAAACGUGUUGCAGAAAAAAUUAUUGAUUAUGAAAUGACACCUGUAGCUCAAGCAUUAGCACGUCAUUUAGGCAUUGAUUUAACAUCAGAUGGUGUACAAGCACGUAAUCGACGUGGUAUUUCUAUUAUAGUUCAUGGUCCACCUGGUUCAGGAAAAACAAUGAUAUCACGUGAACUUAGUCAACGUUAUGAUUGUGCAUUAUUAAAUCUUGAUCAAAUAAUUAUUGAAGCUAUUGAUAGUGCACAACGAAAUGAAUUUGCUCAACGUGCUUAUCAAACAUGUCGUGAAGCAUAUGACAAACAUGUUGAAGAACAACGAUUAGUAGAGCAAGAUGCUGAUCAUGUUGCGGCUCCUGUUCCAGCAGGAAAAAUUCGUCAAUGUUCUUCUGUUUUAUCAAAAAUUCAAUCACCUUUAUAUAACAAUCUAUCACCACAAAGUGUACAAUCUCCAACCACUACACAUGUUAAAAAACCAACAGAUAAAAAGAAAAAAGGUGGUGAAGUAGCUGAUUCAAAUGCUCAAUUAGCAACUCAAGAACCUCAACCAUUAGCAGCACCACCACAAAUUAAAUUUAAAAUACAUAAACAUUUAACAAGUGCUGCUAAUGCUGAAUUAUCUCAUGCACAAAGAAAUGCAGAAGACAGUCCAUAUAUUGCUGAUGAUGAUCAAGAAGAACUUAUGUCUUAUAUACUUACAGAAGAUGUUUUCGUUGAAAUUCUUGCCACUAGACUUCAGAAACCUGAUUGUCUUCAUGGUGUUGUCUUUGAUAGUCUUGAUACAUCAUUUCUUGCUACUGUUUCUCAAGCAGCAAUUGCAGUUCUUAAAGCAAUUAAUAAUCGUUCAUAUAUUUAUGCUAUUUUAACAAAUUUUUCGUAUGCGAAAUAUAAAGAAGCACAAGCCAGAGCUGAUGAAAUACGCCGUUCAGAAGAACGAUUACGAGAACAAAAUGACAAGGAAUAUGUUGAAGAAAUGGGUGAAGAUGAAUAUGAUGCAUUACCGGAUGAAGAAAAACAACGUAUUGAUCAAAAAAGAUUACAACAAAAGAAAGAUCGAAUUCUUAGAGAACAACGUAUUAAAGAAGAAAAAGCUCGAUUAGAACAAGAACGUUUAGCAUUAAAAGAAACUGAACCAAAAAAAGGUAAAAAAGGUGGUGCAAAUCAACCAGCCGCGGGUAAAGGUGGAUCGAUAGCUGGUGGUGAUAAAAAUCUUGCAGCAUCGAAUGCUACAGUUGCUGGUGCAAAAGGAGGUUCUCGAUUAACAUUAGUUAGUGCUCGUGGUCCAACUGGUUCUGAUCGAUCAACCAUAAAAAUGGAUGGUAUAAGUACUGAAGAUAUUGAUAAGAAAAAAAAAUCUAUGAAAGAUCUUGCUAUAAAAGAAGAAGAAGGUUCAAAUUCAUUAAUGAAAGGAUCAACAACGAGUGAUCUUGACGAGGAAAAAGAAAAGAAAAAAGAGAAAGAAUUACUUGUCAAAUUUAAAACAUUUGAUUUUUAUCGUAAUGAUUUAAUGAGCGUUUUUGAUUUAUGGGAUCGAACAAAAGGUGUAACACGUAGUCCACCAACACCAACAAAUCAAUCAGAAGAUGAUCAUGGAUCAGGUGCAGUUGGACCAGGUGGAAAAAAAGGUGCACAAAAGAAAGAUAAAGGAAAAAAAUCUGAUACAAAAGAAAAAGAAAAAGCUGAAAAAGUCGAUGAAACUGGUCCGGUAGGUACACCUAGUCAACAACACUUAGCUAGUGCAACACCAUCUGUUUAUGAUGAUAGUACACAGAUAAUGAAAGAUGAUUCAAAAAAAACAGCAGCAGCUGUAGCUGAAGAAGCACUUAAUAUUCCAACAAUUCAAAUUGAUACACCCGCUGAUUAUAAUUCAAAUGAACCAAUACCAUCAAAUAUAAUGGAUACAAUUAACAGUCGUUUACCAAGUUUAAAUAACGUACUCGAUGGAAUGGGUCAAGGUCCUCGUGGUCCACCUGUACCAAAAGCAUUUGAAUUUGCUGUUGUUCCAUAUCCUGAACCACGUGCAAACCCACCAUGUGCUGAAUAUGGACAAUAUUGUUUUAUUGCUACAAGUGAAAAUGAUCCGAAUCUAUUUGCUGAAGAUAGUAAAUCAAAAGAAAGUAAAACACCUGAACCAACAGCUAAUGGCGAAGAUGGUGAUGGAAAAGAGACUGGAACAAAAGGAAGACGUAGUCGAACUGAACGAGAUUCAAUUUCAACUAAACGUAAAACAAGUGGUGGACCUAGUGGUAGUACUGAAGGUAAAUCUUCAACACGUGGGACAACAAAAACAUCUCGUUUUGGUGGUAAACAAUCACCCACACCUCAUUCAGUUGAUGGACAUGAUGGUACAAGUGAAGCUGGUGCUGAAAAACAUUUACCAAAAAUUGUUCGUUUUCGUUGGAUUAUACCAGCAAAAGGUGAAAUACGUGUACGCCUUCGAUUUGUUUCUAAUGAAGUCGGACAAUUUGAUCAAACAAUAUCAUUUGAACUUCUUGGUACAAAACGAAAUUAUAAAAUAUUUUGUCGCGGUAUUUGCACUUUUCCAGUUAUUAGUCGAGAACCACGUACAAUAUUUCCAAAUCGACAAAAAACUAAAAAACCCAAUGAAAUUGUUCAUAAAAAAUUUAUUCUUUCAACUGAACAAUAUGAUUUCGGUCCAUUAGUACUUGGCAAAGAUAUCAAUAAAAUUCGUACUGGUAUCUAUCCGAGUAAUCUUGAAACAUUAACAAUAGCAAAUACAUCACCAAUGGAUGUUGAAGCAUUAUUUUGUUUUUAUAAUGAAGUUGAUCCAUCCAAAGCAGUUUUCUUUGUUGAACCAACUGAAAUGCAAUUAAAACCAGGAGAAUCAAAACCACUUAAAAUAAUGGCUAAUCCACCAAAAGAAGGUCCAUUUGAUGAAACACUUGUUUGUUGUAUCAAAGAAAAUCCUGAACCAAUUGUCUAUAAAUUACAUUGUGAUGGUUGUAUACCUGAUUUACAACCUGAACCAGCAUCAUUUGAUUUUGGUCAAGUAUUACUUUUCAGAAAAGAAACACGAACAAUUCGUCUUAAGAAUACAAAAUUAAUUCCUGUUCGAUGGCGUUUAAUAGGCAUUGGUCAAGAUGGCAUUGGACAAGAAUUUUCAACAAAAACUGAUACAGGAAUUGUUGAACCAUUGAGUACAUAUGAAUUACAAUUGAAUUAUUAUGCUAGUCGACCACGAUCACCAGCAUCACAAAAAAAUAAACUUAUAUUAAAACUUGAAAUAUCCGAUAGCGAAGGUAUGCCAGGUGCAUUAAAAACUAUAAAUAUUCCUGUAUAUGUUGAACCAUAUGAUAUUGUUUUGGAUAUGACAUUUCAAAAAGGUAAUGAUCGUGGUAUUGAUUUUGGUAAUGUACGUGUUAAUCAAGAGGCUAAACAGACAUGUACACUUAAAAAUAAAGGCAAACGUGAAAUAAGAUAUAAAUUCGAAUUAAUACAAGAUCCAAAAUCGAAAAUUAAUGCUACUAAAUUUUUUGAAAUUGUUCCAAAACAAGGAAGUUUAACAGCUGGUGGUGAACGAAAUGUACCAGCGACAAAUGUUGUUAUUACCUUUAAACCCACAGCUGAAAUUCAUCUUCGUGAAGCUGAAAUUAUUGUCGUUAGUGUUAUUAAUGUAGCUCCAGGACCAAAACUAACUGAUGGUCCUGGUCAUGCAGGUACAUCACAUAGUACAUCAAAAGGUGAAGCAAAUGCUGCGCGAAAUGCUCUUGCCGCUCAACAACAAGCAACAGGUCCACCUGUUGAAGAAGAAGUUGCACGUAUUCGACUUAAAAUAUCGGGUAAAGCAACAUAUAGCAAAUUUGUUAUAACACCUGCAAAAGAAGUUAAUUUUGGUCCAAUGCCUAUUGGUUGUCCCCGUCGUGUAGAAAAAUUUCUUAUUGAAAACCAAGGUGAACAUGAUUUUAAAUAUAUUAUAACAAAAUAUCAACGUGAUGCAUCACCACAAAAAUUAAAUGCAAAAGAUGCACCAACACAAGGUCGUUUACAAGUUGGUCCAUUUAUAAUUUCACCUGCAUUUGCAAUGGUGAUACCAGGUGCAAGUUCAACUGUAUCAGUUGAAUGUAUAUCAGAAUCCGAUGUACCAAGAAAAUUCGACGAAGAAAUUCUUAUUGAUAUUGCUGAUAGAAAUCCAGUUGAAUAUCCAAAAGGACUUGUAUAUAAAUUAAAGAGUGAAUUAAUAGUACCACAAAUUGAUACAAGUGAUAUUUCAUCUAUAUUUGAAGAACAUCGAAUUGUUCGAAAUCUUUCUUCAUUUAAGAAUAUUGCUGAUUCAAUAACUGGAGGUGUUUAUGGUGAAGAUGAACGUCGUUUUCAAUUUCGAAAUGUUAUUGUUGGUCGAACAUCAAAAGCAAGAUUCAAAAUAAGCAAUGCACAAAAAGUUCCAGUUGAUAUAAAUCUUAUUUUACGUCCACCAAGUAAAGGACAUAAAGCAGUUGAAGCAUUUGAACUUGAUGCACAUCGUGCACAAAUUCCACCCUAUAGUAAUCAUUAUGCUGUUGUUUCUUUUACUCCAACAUCAAUGCAAUCAUAUUCGGCAAUAUUUGAUGUUACAGUUGAUGGACAAUCAAAAGCAAAUAGAGAAACACGUAGUACACCAAAUUUUUCAUGUGAAUUACAUGGUGAAGGUCAUUUACCACGUGUAACUAUUUUAAGACCAGCUAUACGAAAUAAAAAAGCACAAACAAUGAUGAUAUUUAAUAAAUUAUUACUUGGUCGUCAAGCUAUGCAACAAUUACUUUUAGUUAAUGAUGGAGUUUUACCAGCUAAAGUUGAUUUUUAUUUACAUGAUGUUGAAAAUGUUUAUUCAAUUCAAGCAUCAAGUGAUAAUCCUAAUCCUGAUAAUCUUGUUAUUAAUGAUAUAACACGAAAAGCUACAGCUGCAUCAGCUAUAUUUGAAGUUGGUCAAAGAAUUGCACUUGAUAUUUUAUUUAAACCAAAACCAUCACAAGGACCACAACGAUAUGAAGGUGUUCUUCGACUUGUUGUUGUUGAUAAUCAAUAUGAAGAUACAACUGUUCAAUUAAUUGGAGAAAGUUAUACAGAUGAUAUUACACUUGAUAAUAUUCAUGGAUUAGUUAUGAGUGAUGAACAACAACAACAACAACCACCAUUACCAAUUGAAAAUGGACAACCUACGAUCGUUGAUGAAGAUGCUCCAGUUUCUCUUUCCAAUACAAUAAAUUUCGGUGAAAUUCAUCUGAAUGAAUCUCGACAAAUUCUAUUUUCUAUAACAAAUCAUCAUCAAAAAGAUUCUGUUCGUUUUGAAUGGCCUGAACAUAAUCAAUGUACAUUUACACCACGUGUUGGUCAUCUUCAUGCUGGUUGUACAAAAGAUAUACAAAUAACAUUUAAAACCGCUAAACCAAUCCAAUUAAAUAAAGAAAAAGUUCUUUGUUCAAUAACUAAAAUAACAUUUGAUCGCCCAAUUAAUGAAAUACCUGAUUGGGAUGAUCGAAUGCGUUCAGUUAAAUGGAUUGAUACACCACAACAACCAGCUGAUCCAACAAAUCCUGAUCAACAGCGUAUAAAUCGUCCAGUAAGAAAGAAAAUUAUUGAAGCUGAUGUUGAACCAACAAAUCAACGUAUCGAAGAACAAACACGUCAAUUAGAUAUAUACGUAUCAGCUGUUGCAGAUUAUUGUCGUUAUAAAUGUAGUGAUUUUGAAAUUCGAUAUUUAGAAACUGCAAUGUUACAAACACGUGUUCAUGAAGUAACAAUUACAAAUCGUGGUAAAGUAUCAUUUAAUUAUGCAUGGCAAGUUCAUAUGGAAGAUAACCAACGACCAUUUACACCAUUAGUUGAUCGUGAUCCUCCAACACCUGAACCAGUUGAUGGACCACGAAAAGGACAAAAAGGUACUCGUACUCCAGCAGCAACUGCGCCAACGCCUGAUUCAUCAAAUGCACAAGAAUCACCAGCGAUAACUCCUGGUGCACGAGGAAAAGAUAAAGCAACAAAAGAUACAGGAAAAUCAACUGGUAAAGAUGGACCAACAGGAAAUAGAGCAAAAGCACGUCCAUCAAUUAAACCAGCAGGAACAACUGAUAAUACUGUUGAUGAAAAAGAAACUGAUAAUGAACAAAAUUAUCUUACGGAAGGUACAAAUCUAACUGAUCUAUCACAUGGUGAAUCAGAAUUAAGUCUUAUAUCACCACCAACUCCAUUGGCUGAUGUUGGUUAUAUACCAUUUAUGAUUGAACCCGAUAUUGGUUCAAUAGCUGUUGGUGCUAGUCAAAUAUUUAAAAUUAAAUUUGCACCACUUGAUAUUAAUGAUUAUCAAGCACGAUUAAUUUGUUGUAUACCGAAUUUAGAAACGGGUAAAUCAGGUCCAACUAUCGCUGUUCGUGGUCGAAGUCUUUUACCAUUCUGUCAUUUUGAAUUAGAAGAAUCAGAUUAUUUAACAAGUGGCCGACGACGUGUUGAUCUUUUAAUUAAUAAUCAUUCAACACAACCACCAGCACCAUUUAUUGAUCGUCAAACACGAGUUAUUGAAUUUAAAUCUGUCGGUACUGGAUCUACAUUAAACAGAUCGUUCUCUGUAUUAAAUCCAACCGAUACUGAUUAUACUUAUCGUUGGAUAUGUGAUGAUAAUCUUGAUUUAACAAAACAACCAUCAUUUGUUUGUCGUACUAUCCAAGGCAAAAUUGGAUCGGGCAAAGGAGCUAUUAUGUCAUUUGAUUUCUUUCCUCGUUCAUUUGGUAUUGUUGAAUCUAUGUAUCGUUUUGAAAUUCCAACACAUUCAUUAUCCGUUCCAUUUUUACUUGUUGGUCAAAUAAGUGAACCACAAAUAUUAUUUGAUCGAACAUUUAUUUCAUUUCAUCCUGUUUUAAUUGGUCAUUAUGUUGAAGAACAAAUAACAUUAAUUAAUAAAGAAAAUCGUCCAUUUUAUUAUCAAUUUCUUGAACGUUCAUUUAUCAAUGGUACAACAAAUCAUGAUUUAACUGUUGAACCAUCAUCAUCCGGUACAAUAUUAGCAAAUACACGUUUACCAUUACGUUUAAUAUUUCGCCCAACACAAAAUCGUACAUAUACAUACAUUCUUCAAUGUCGUAUUGAUGAAACAACUGAAUUAUUAACAAUAAAUAUUAAAGGUGAAGGUUUUGCAAAUUUAUCUAAUGUACAAGGUGAAACAAUUGAUGGUAAUCAUUAUGAUUUAACAACUGUACAAACUGGUACAAAUGAAAUACGUUUCGAUGAUGUUCUUAUUGGUAAUACAACAUCAAAACAAAUUGAAAUCUCCAAUGAUGGUAAAUAUGCAUUUGAUUAUAAUUUUUCUAUGGAUAAUAAUCAAGAUUGGGGACCAUUUACAAUUACACCAAUAAAAGGUACAGUAACAAAUAGUCAAAAACAAAUCUGUCAAAUUUUAUUUGAACCACGUACACGUGAACAUCGUUCAUUAGUUCAACGUUUAGCACAUUUAAAUAUAUUAAAUGGUUUAAAAUAUGAUUUAUUACUUAUUGGACAAACAACAACACCAAAUAUAAAUUUUUCAUUUUUAACAUAUAAUUAUGGUUCAUGUUUUGUAUAUCGUGCUGGUAUGCCAGAAAAUGUAUGUCUAUUAACAAUAACAAAUUUAGAUACAAAAGAUCAUACAAUUGAAUGUUUAUAUCAAUCAACAGCACAAUUAAUGGUUGAUUUUAAAACAGGUUUAAUUGCAUCGAAACAAAAUGCCGUAUGUAAAUUUACAUUUUAUCCACGUGAACAAAAAACUUAUCGUGAAAAUAUACAAUUUGAAAUUGAUGGUUUAACAAUUGUUAAUGUUAUUAUUGAAGGCGAAGGAGUUGAUUUUCGUGUUGAAUUAGCUGAACCGAAAUAUAAAAUUGUUAAUUUAGGUGCAUUACAAGCUGGUAAAAGUGUUACACGUGAAGUUUGUCUUGUUAAUCGAAGUCGUGCACCCAUAUCAAAUUGUUAUAUAACAUUACUUUCAUCUGAAAGUGGUGCACCACGUGAUAUGCUUUCUAUUCAACCAACAACGCCAGUUUCAUUAAAAGCUCGAGGUGGUACAGCGACAGUUACAAUUAAAUAUACACCACGUUCACGUUUAGCACCAUUUGUUGAACAAAUCCUAUUGAAAUAUGGUGAUUUAGAUGUACCAAUGUUUGGUGUACGUGGUUGUUGUCAAGGUUAUGAUAUUAUUCUUGAUACUGAUGCACUUCCAUUUGGUGCUGUUGGUAAAGAUUGUUCUUUAACACGUAAACUUGUUCUAUUAAAUCGAGGUGAUAUUGGUGCUGCAUUCUCUUGGAAUCUUGCUCAAUUACGUGAUACACCAUUUAGUGUAUUACCAACAAAUGGUUAUGUUGCACCAGGUCAAGAAACAACAAUUGAAUUUGUUUUUCAACCACAUAUGAUAAAACAUGAUAUACGUUGUGAUAAAGUUGAAUGUCGAUUAGAAGGAACAAAAUCUGUUUUUGUUACAUUAAGUGGUUCAUGUAUUGAAGUUGCACCUGCACGUGAAACAAUAACAAUAUCAACAGCUGUACGUUCAAAAGAAUUAUCAAAAGCAAUUCCAUUAAAAAAUAAUACCAAUACAUUAUGGACAUUAACACCUGUAAUUAGUGGUGAAUAUUUUUCAGGACCAGAAGCAAUUACUAUUGAACCAAAUUCAACAAAAAAUUAUGAAUUAACAUAUUUACCAUUAACUGAAGGAAAACAUACUGGUACAUUGUUCGUUCCAUUACCCGAUGGAAAUGGUCUUCUUUAUAAUGUUAUUGGUAAUGCUGAUUCACCACGUGCAUCUGGUAAAUUUUUACGUGAAGUUCCAUGUAAAACACCUUAUGUUGAAUUAUUACCAAUUGAAAAUUGGUUAAAAAAAUCGCAACGUUUUCGUGUAACACAUGAAAUUAUCAAACAAGAUCGUCCUGAUAUUCCUACAACAAUAAAAUAUCUUGAAUUUAUUGAUGUUGCAGCGAAAUCAAAACGAGAUUUUAAAGUACAUUUUUAUUCAUAUAAAGAAUGUGUACAACAAAUUAAACUUAUUUUUAAAAAUGAACAAACACAAGAAUAUAUUUGGUAUGAUAUUACAUUUAAAUCAAUUAUGGAUAAACGUAAUGCACCAACAAUAGGACAUAUUGAAUUAACUACACAUGUACGACAACAAGCAACACAUGAUAUUAUUCUUGAUAAUCCAUUACCACAUAAAGUUACAUUUCAAGGUCAAUGUGCACAUACCGAUAUACUUUUACCACCGGAACAUGUUUCGAUUCCAGCUAAUUCUCAAGGUUCAUUCAAUUUUACCUAUAUGCCAUUAAAAGCAGGCAAAGUUGAAACUCGUCUUGAAAUACAUUCAGCUGAACUUGGUUUAUAUACAUAUAUGUUAUCACUAAAUGCACUUCCAGCUCGUCCUGAACGCACCGUAUAUUUCAAAGCACCAUUAGGUAGUUCACAAGUAUUAUCAGCAAAAUUUACAAGUUUUGCUCGUACAAAAACAGAUUACAUUUGUAAAAUUGAUCAUCCAGAUUUUAUGGUUGAUAGAACAGUAACAGCCGCACCAAGUUCAUCACCAUCAACAAUGGAAGUUGGUGUUGAUGUUACAUAUGAACCAUCACAAUUAGGUGAUGUACGUGCAACACUAACAAUUAGUUCAUCAUCCGGUAGUGAUUAUACAUUUCCACUGGUUGGCCUAGGCGAAUUACCAAAACCACAAGGUCCAUUUACAAUUAAAUCUGGUGGUAAUACAUCAAUAACAUUUAAAAAUGUCUUUGCUCAAGCAUUAACAUAUACAUUCAAUGUUGAUAAUCCAUUAUUUCAUAUAACAAAAAGUCAAGAAUUAAUUCAAGCAAGAAAAUCACAUCGAAUUGUAGUUUCAUUUGAUGGAUCAGAUACAACAACUAAAGCUGAUGUUAUGGCAAAAUUGAUUGUUUCAUGUCCAAAAACAACAGGAGCAACUAAUGCAUCUUCUUCAAGUGUACAAUGGAUUUAUUAUCUUAAGGGUAUUACACCAUCAUAG